GCUAGUCGAAUUUACUGAUUGUGCUCCUGAAUAUUUUUCGGAAUAUUUUUUCUGAUUUUUGUGCGCGUUCUGUUUUUUUUUUUUGUUUUUUGCUUUUUGUGAAACAAAAAGUUACAUUGUGCGCUGCCCCAAAUUGUUUCGAACACAAAGUUGUUGUGAAUUGAAUUUGUUUUGCGGUUUUAUUUCGAUUUGAUCAAAGCGAAAAUGGCAAACGAUUCGGAUAGAAACGAUGGCCGGGAGAAUGGCAAGAAGAACAACAAGAACAAUAAGAAGAACAACAAGAAGAAGAACGGAAUGCUGAAGCCGCUUGGUAAGAAGACCGAGAAGAUUGAGAAGAAAAUGAAGGAGAUCAAGUGCCACAAGGCGCACUUUAACGAAAUGACCGACUGCUUGCAUAAGCUUUUGACUCCAGUGACGCCCAGUAGCAUGACCAAGAACACAAACGUCGAGAAUCCCAAUAAUCUGGAAGAAAUGGACGACGGUAAUGCUGCUGACUCUGUCGUCGCCAUGGACGAGGGCCAAGAUGAUGCUGCUACUGGUGGAGAUGGUGCUGCAGUUCCAUGCGCUGGUGCUGCAAUUGGUCGUGAUUGGAAUGCAGUUGCAGGUGUUGGUACUGGUGCUGGUACUGGAGGAGAUUGGGUUGCAGGUGCUGAAGCUGCUACUGGAGGAGAUGGUGCUGCAGUUGCUGUUGUUGGUGCUGCAACUGAUGGAGAUGGUGCUCCAUUUGCAGGUGCUAAUGCUGGUGAAGAUUUGGCUGCAGUUGCAGGUGCUGGUGCUGGUGCUGCUACUGGAGGAGAUGAUGCUGGAGUUGCACGUGCUGUUCCUGCUACUGAUGGAAAUGGUGCUCCAGAUGGUGUUCCAGUUGCAGGAGCUGUUCUUGCUACUGAUGGAAAUGGUGCUCCAGUUGCAGGUGCUACUGAUGGAAAUGGUGCUCCAGUUGCAGGAGCUGUUCCUGCUGCUGAUGGAAAUGGUGCUCCAGUUGCAGGUGCUAUUGAUGGAAAUGGUGCUCCAGUUGCAGGAGCUGUUCCUGCUGCUGAUGGAAAUGGUGCUCCAGUUGCAGGUGCUUUUCCUGCUACUGAUGGAAAUGGUGCUCCAGUUGCAGGUGCUUUUCCUGCUACUGAUGGAAAUGGUGCUCCAGUUGCAGGUGCUUUUCCUGAUACUGUUGGAGAUGGUGCUCCAGUUGCUGUUGCUGGUGCUGCUACUGAUGGUGGUGGUGGCGGUGAAGGUCCUAGCACCUCAGCUGCUGCUCCUGGUAACAUCCAGCUGGAUGUGCAAACUUAUACGCAUUCCUUGUCAUUCGUGCAACAGCAGGAUGGCUCGCACGAGGUGUACACCUCUUGCGACCUGGUUACCGAUGAGGAACAGAUGGCGCCCAUGCGCGAGAUACGCGUCGAGGAUGGCGAACUUGUGAUUUUAGCCGGCGAUGAUGGGGUGUACCAUCGUCCCGAUGACGCUGUGAUUCUCGAGGCCGAGGAUGAUCGUAUCUACGUUGUCGGUGCUUUGGAGCGUAAUGUUAGAUACGUCCACGCCGAGGUCGUUCAAGAGGGGAACGAGGAUAUGGCCCAGGACCCACCGGUCGAGGAUUAGGAGGAUUAGCGUGUGAACGGAGAGCGUCAAGCCGAACUGCCAAAUGUGCUAAAUAUAUGAAAUGUUCAUUCCUAUUAAUUAAUUAAAUAAAUAUUCUCAAUUUU